CCACGAUCCACCUUAUACCUUCCACCUCGUAGCCUGGCGGCUCGCGGCUGGCGGUAGUUCAGUUGACCCCGUGCAUCGCGGCAUGUCGGUCGUAGUAUCAGUAUGGCGUGUCCGCGAUAAACACCUCUCGUUAAAAUCGUGCCUGAUAUAAAAUAAAAAUAUAAAUAAAAAAAAAACAUUGUUUAUUUCUAAAAAAAAAAAAAAAAAUAAAUUGUAUAGUGCUAUUAUUAAUACUAUUAAUAAAAAUAAUUAUAGUGCUCUAGUGUCCCAAAAGUGUCAAGUGCAAUGACAGUCAACUGACCAACUAAAGUACCACCACCAGCAUCACGAUGUCAUCAGGAGCUAUCAUCCUCUUACUCUCCAUGAUCAGCUUGACUACCCUCGCCAGAUCGGACCCGUUAGUAAUCGAAACAACCAGCGGUCUGAUCCGCGGAACCUCCAAGACUGUGCUUGACCAUGAAGUCCACGUGUUCUUGGGAGUUCCCUUUGCAAAGCCUCCAAUUGGUCCCUUGCGGUUCCGAAAGCCGCUGCCAAUGGACCCUUGGCACGGUGUGCUGAACACGACCAGCCUGAGCAACAGCUGCUUCCAGGAGCGGUACGAGUACUUCCCAGGGUUUGAAGGGGAGGAGAUGUGGAACCCAAACACAAAUGUGUCGGAAGAUUGCUUGUACUUGAACAUCUGGGUGCCCCAGAAGUACAGAUUAAGGCACAAGGAGACCCCAGAAGACCACCGGGGGAUGCCGCUGCUGGUCUGGAUUUAUGGGGGAGGUUAUAUGACUGGAACCGCGACCUUGGACGUGUAUGACGCGGAUUUAAUGGCGGUUACCAGCAACGCAAUCAUCGCCUCGAUCCAGUACCGGGUUGGCGCCUUCGGGUUUCUUUAUUUAAACAAGUACUUCGGCUCCAGCGAGGAAGCACCGGGUAAUAUGGGCCUGUGGGACCAGGCCCUGGCCCUCAAGUGGCUCAAGGCCAACGCUAAGUCCUUUGGAGGUGACCCCGACGCCAUCACUAUCUUUGGAGAGAGCGCUGGAGGCGGCUCCGUUUCCCUCCACUUAAUUAGUCCCGUUACUAGGGGUCUUGUUAGGAGGGGCGUGCUUCAAAGUGGGACUCUUAAUGCACCCUGGAGCUUUAUGACCGCUGAAAAGGCCACAGAUGUCGCCAGAGUGCUUGUUGAUGACUGCGGAUGCAAUUCUACUAUGCUCGUUGAUAAUCCUGCAAGGGUCAUGGCGUGCCUCAGGUCUGUUGAUGCCAAGACUAUCAGUGUUCAGCAGUGGAACAGCUACUGGGGAAUUCUGGGGUUCCCCUCAGCGCCGACUAUUGAUGGGAUUUUUCUGCCGAAACAUCCCCUGGAGCUGCUAAAGGAGGCUGAUUUUAAGGAGACGGAGAUCUUGAUUGGGAAUAAUCAGAAUGAAGGAACGUACUUCAUUUUGUACGACUUUAUCGAUUACUUUGAAAAAGACCAGCCGAGCUUUUUGCAACGAGAAAAAUUCCUGAGCAUCAUAAAUACUAUUUUUAAAAAUAUGACUGAGGUCGAGAGGGAAGCUAUCGCAUUUCAGUACACCGACUGGGAGCGGCCUAAAGAUGGUUACAUAUAUCAGAAAGCAAUAGCUGAUAUUGUUGGUGAUUAUUUUUUUAUAUGUCCGUCCACAUUGUUCGCUCAAUUGUUCGCCGAGCGCGGAAUGAAGGUUUAUUAUUAUUUCUUCACCCAGAGAUCAAGUACGAAUUUAUGGGGAGAAUGGAUGGGCGUAGUCCACGGCGACGAAGUCGAGUAUGUUUUUGGACACCCCUUGAACACCUCCCUUAAAUACACCGACAAGGAGCGUGAACUGUCCAUGAAAAUAAUAUCCGCAUUCUCAAACUUCGCCUUUACAGGAAAACCGACAGAGGGCGAUGAUUGGCCAGCUUACACUCGCGACGAACCACAGUACUAUAUUUUCAAUGCUGAAAAAUCGGGACUAGGAACUGGGCCCCGAUUGCCGGCUUGCGCUUUUUGGAAUGAAUUUUUACCGAGAUUGGAAGGAAUACCAGAUCCAUCCCCGGAGGCGUGCAACGGCGCAAUAGCGUCGAGCGUAUCAGCAGGAGCGCAAGAAUUGCGCUCAAAAUUGCUCCUAAUGCUCGCGCUGAUCAUGAUCACCGGCAUAAUUUAGAUCCAAGGAACUAAAAAAUAAUUAGAGAAAGAAAAUUAAUGAAAAUAUUGAAUUAAGGUCGAAUGACUUAGCAAAAGAUUGAUUAAAUAAAUCAUCACGGCUGAUGAUUAUUAAUGACGAUGGUCAAGAUGAUCGGAGGUAGGAUUUGACGUGAAGGUUCACACGUUAGGUUAGGUUAGUUUAGGCGCUAGGAAAAAAAAAACGAUAAAUAUAGAAAUAUUUUUUAAAUAAAUAAUGCCUAAUGUAAUGAUUAAUUAAUUAAUGAUUAAUUAAGUGACAAUGAUAUCAUGUUCUAAAGAAUUAAUCGCUUUUAAUUGAAGUUAGGAGAAUUAAAAGCGUAACUUGAAUCUUCCAUUUGGUACAUAUCACCUAAAACAAGUAAUGUUACGAGUAAUUUAUGCAGAUUAGGUUCAUUUCAUUAUUUAGAUUUUUACGAUAGUGAAUUGAGAAUAAUUAAUAUCUAUACACUGUUAAAAAUUUCUAUUGUAAUUUUACAAGAAAUCUAUUGGAAGCUAAUAGGCAAAAUAUUUAUUUAAAAUUACAAUCGGGUAUAGUAAUAUUACAAAACAUAUAUAGAUGUAAGGUUACUAAUUUUACAAGGUUUUGUAAUUUUAAAAAUAUUUUUAGAUUAGCUAAGUUUGUAAAAUUACAAUACUUUCCUUGAAUUUUACUUUAAUUGAAAUGAUAAAAAAGAAAGAUUUGAUUUAAUAUUUGUUGUCAUUUUAUUUUUAUGAAGCGCUGACUAGAUUUUGCAUCUGACGUAGACCUAAUUUUUACAACUCUGAUGAUAUAAAGUGAAAAUAAUAUUUACCCUGACUAAGAAUCGAACGCGAGCCGCUUGCUUGCCAGAACGAUACUUAACGCCCUACGCCGUACGACCGAUAGGUGAUUUAACAUCUUAUUAUUCUUAUAAGCUAAUCAUAUGUGGUGAAGCUUUACGGGUUAUUAUUUAUUAUUUACAUUAUUUGUGUUAUUUGAUGCUGUUUAUUGAUGGAAAAUAACUAAC